AUGCCUUACUUGCACCGGGCCGCAGGCCCCCAGGCCCACCCCGUCCCCAGGGAUGCACGGCCCACCCACUCCUCAGGCCAGAGCUUCGAGGAGCUGAGGCAGGGCUGCCUGCGGGCCGGCAUGCUGUUUGAGGAUGCAGAUUUCCCUGCCAGCAAUGCCUCCCUGUUCUACAGUGAGAGGCCCCAGGUUCCCUUCGUGUGGAAACGGCCGGGGGAAAUUGUGGAAAACCCCGAAUUCAUUCUUGGAGGGGCCACCAGGACCGACAUCUGCCAGGGGGAGCUGGGGGACUGCUGGCUGCUAGCCGCCAUCGCCUCCCUCACCCUCAAUGAGAAAGCGCUGGCCAGAGUGGUGCCCCAAGACCAGAGCUUUGGCCCUGGCUAUGCCGGCAUAUUCCACUUCCAGUUCUGGCAGCACAGUGAGUGGCUGGAUGUGGUGAUCGAUGACAGGCUGCCCACCUUCAGGGGCCGGCUGGUCUUCCUCCACUCUGCCGACCACAACGAGUUCUGGAGCGCCCUGCUGGAAAAAGCGUAUGCCAAGCUGAACGGCAGCUACGAGGCCCUGAAGGGAGGCAGUGCCAUCGAGGCCAUGGAAGACUUCACUGGAGGCGUGUCGGAGAACUUCCAAACCAGAGAGGCCCCAGAGGAUCUCUACACCAUCCUGGGCAAGGCCUUGAAACGAGGCUCCCUGCUGAGCUGCUCCAUCGACGUAAGAAAUGCCGCUGAUUCUGAAGCCCGGACGCCACUGGGUCUUAUCAAGGGCCAUGCCUACACUGUGACAGGAAUUGACCAGGUAAACUUCCGAGGCCAGAAAACCCAGCUGAUCAGGGUCCGGAACCCUUGGGGCCAGGUGGAGUGGAAUGGGUCCUGGAGUGACAGCUCCCCCGAGUGGCGCGCCGCGGACCCGGCUGAGCAGAAGCGCCUGUGUCACACUGCGCUGGAUGAUGGAGAAUUCUGGAUGGCGUUUGAGGAUUUCAAGGCCCAUUUUGACCAAGUGGAGAUCUGCAACCUCACGCCCGACGCCCUGGAGGACGACGCUCUGCACAGGUGGGAGGUGACCGUCCAUCAAGGACGCUGGGUCCGGGGCGCCACGGCCGGCGGCUGCCGCAACUUCCUGGACACCUUCUGGACCAACCCGCAGAUAAAACUGUCCCUGACGGAGAGGGACGAGGGCGGGGAGGGGUGCAGCGUCCUUGUGGCCCUCAUGCAGAAAGACCGGAGGAAGCUCGGGAGAUCUGGGGGCCGCCUGCUCACCAUCGGCUACGCCAUCUACCAGUGCCCGGGCCCGGCGGGCCACCUGGGCAGGGACUUCUUCAGGUGCCACGCCUCCCUGGCCAGGAGCAGGACCUUCGUCAACCUGCGGGAGGUGGCCGGGCGCUUCUGCCUGCCCCCGGGGGAGUACGUGCUGGUCCCCAGCACCUUCGAGCCGCACCAGGAGGCCGACUUCUGCCUCCGGAUCUUCUCAGAGAAGAAGGCCGUCACCUGGGACCUGGACGGCAGUGUGGACGUCGAGCUUCCCGGGCCCCCAAAGCUGACACCCCCUGAGCAGGAGGAGGAGGAGGAGGAGCAGCUCCGGGCCUUGUUCCAGCACAUUGCCGGGGAGGACAUGGAGGUGACUGCUGAGGAGCUUCAGUGUGUUCUAAACGCGGUGCUGCCAAAGAGGAAGGGCCUCCGGUUCAAGCCCCUGAGCGUGCUCGCCUGCAGACACAUCGUCGCUCUGAUGGACACCAGCGGCAACGGGAAGCUGGAGUUCGGCGAAUUCCGGGUGUUCUGGGACAAGCUGACACAGUGGACGAACCUGUUCCUUCGGUUCGAUGUGGACGGGUCAGGCACCAUGUCCUCCUAUGAGCUUCGGGCCGCGCUGGGAAGCUGCAGGCUUCCGGCUGAGCGGCCACCUCCUGCAGCUGGUUGUGAUCAGGUAUGCCGACGAGGAGCUGCAGCUGGACUUCCACGACUUCCUCCGCUGCCUGGUUCGCCUGGAGAACGCGAGCCGUGAG